GUGCGGUCCGCGCUUUUGUCCCGCUGGCGGCCGGGUUCCCGCGGCGCCGCCACAGCCAGUACGUGAGUCCGCGGCCGCCCGCGCUCCCGCCCCCGGCCCUUGCCUGCCACGCCCUUCCCUUUUUGGCCGGGUCUUGGCUGCUCCGCGGGUCUCGGGCGGGAUGUGGGAGUAAGCGUGCCCCCUCCCCGCACAUGUCUCAGUGGGUGCGUUUCUGGGGAGCGGAGGGGAGGGAAGACCUCGGGCAGGCAGAGGGGUGCAGGGCGCGCCCCUGGAACAGACUGGGCUCUAUGUGGGCCACAACUGCGACGUUUGAACGGACCAGCGUCAUGUUAGGUCUGCUCAAUGUUCCGAGAAGGGCCAGGGCCCCGCUCCGGUGUUCCUCAACUAUUCAUCCCUGUUUUGGAUGGGAGGGGAUCCCUAAAAAUUAGCGCUUCAAAAUACCACCAUUUCGUGCUCCCUCUGCAGUUAAGUUUGGUACUCUAGGACUUGAGAGCGAUUGCGAGGGCAGAGAGACCUCUAGGGGCGAUGUGAUUCGACCUUCUUCCCCUCCGCCCCACCCCCCCACCUUUUUUUCUUUUUUUUUUUUGGUCGGUGAGUGAUGAUGAUAAGCUCCUGCUGCAGGUGUGAAUAGAGACCCCGGAGGCGCGUCCUAGCCCUCAUGUGGGGAAGCGCACCUGCAUACAGACGGGUGCACCGGGAGGAGGCGACCUGCCGCGUGUUCCUGCAAGCAGAAAAGGAGUUAACUAGUGUCACAUUUGAAGACGAGCACUGAGGAUGAGGAACCAACUGAAGAAUAUGAAAAUGUUGGAAAUGCAGCAUCUAAGUGGCCAAAAGUGGAGGAUCCUAUGCCUGAAUCUAAGGUUGGUGACACAUGUGUUUGGGAUAGCAAGGUAGAGAAUCAGCAGAAAAAGCCUGUGGAAAACAGGAUGAAGGAAGACAAAAGCAGCAUCAGGGAAGCAAUCAGCAAAGCCAAGAGUACAGCAAAUAUAAAGACAGAACAGGAAGGUGAGGCAUCUGAGAAGAGCUUGCAUCUGAGCCCACAGCAUAUCACACACCAGACUAUGCCUAUAGGACAGAGAGGCAGUGAGCAAGGCAAACGUGUGGAGAACAUUAAUGGAACCUCCUACCCUAGUCUACAGCAGAAAACCAAUGCUGUUAAGAAAUCACAUAAAUGUGAUGAAUGUGGGAAAUCCUUCAAAUAUAAUUCCCGCCUUGUUCAACAUAAAAUUAUGCACACUGGGGAAAAGCGCUAUGAAUGUGAUGACUGUGGAGGGACUUUCCGGAGCAGCUCGAGCCUUCGGGUCCACAAACGGAUCCACACUGGGGAGAAGCCGUACAAGUGUGAGGAAUGUGGGAAAGCCUACAUGUCCUACUCCAGCCUUAUAAACCACAAAAGCACCCAUUCUGGGGAGAAGAACUGUAAAUGUGAUGAAUGUGGAAAAUCCUUCAAUUAUAGCUCUGUUCUGGACCAGCAUAAAAGGAUCCACACUGGGGAGAAGCCCUAUGAAUGUGGUGAGUGUGGGAAGGCCUUCAGGAACAGCUCUGGGCUCAGAGUCCACAAAAGGAUCCACACGGGGGAGAAGCCCUAUGAAUGCGACAUCUGUGGGAAAACCUUCAGUAACAGCUCUGGCCUUAGGGUCCACAAAAGGAUCCACACGGGUGAGAAACCUUACGAAUGUGAUGAGUGUGGGAAGGCCUUCAUUACUUGUAGAACACUUCUCAACCAUAAAAGCAUCCACUUUGGAGAUAAACCCUAUAAAUGUGAUGAGUGUGAGAAAUCUUUUAAUUAUAGCUCUCUUCUCAUUCAGCAUAAAGUCAUCCACACUGGAGAGAAACCUUAUGAAUGUGAUGAAUGUGGGAAGGCUUUCAGGAACAGCUCAGGCCUCAUAGUGCAUAAAAGGAUCCACACAGGAGAGAAACCUUACAAGUGUGAUGUCUGUGGCAAAGCAUUCAGCUAUAGCUCAGGCCUCGCAGUCCAUAAAAGCAUUCACCCUGGGAAGAAAGCCCAUGAAUGUAAGGAGUGUGGGAAAUCCUUUAGUUAUAACUCACUACUUCUUCAACACAGAACUAUUCAUACCGGAGAGAGACCUUAUGUAUGUGAUGUGUGUGGGAAAACGUUCAGAAACAAUGCAGGCCUCAAAGUCCACAGGAGGCUCCAUACUGGGGAAAAACCAUAUAAGUGUGAUGUGUGUGGGAAAGCCUAUAUCUCACGCUCUAGCCUUAAAAAUCACAAAGGAAUCCACCUUGGGGAGAAGCCCUAUAAAUGUAGCUAUUGUGAGAAAUCCUUCAACUACAGCUCUGCCCUUGAACAGCAUAAAAGGAUUCAUACCAGGGAAAAACCCUUUGGGUGUGAUGAGUGUGGUAAAGCUUUCAGAAAUAAUUCUGGCCUUAAAGUACAUAAACGAAUCCACACUGGGGAACGACCUUACAAAUGUGAAGAAUGUGGGAAAGCAUACAUCUCUCUCUCGAGCCUUAUAAAUCAUAAAAGUGUACACCCUGGGGAGAAGCCCUUUAAGUGUGAUGAGUGUGAGAAGGCCUUCAUCACAUACCGAACCCUUAUAAACCACAAAAAAGUUCAUCUUGGGGAGAAGCCCUACAAAUGUGAUGUGUGUGAGAAAUCUUUUAAUUACACAUCACUCCUUUCUCAGCACAGAAGGGUCCACACUAGAGAGAAACCCUAUGAAUGUGACAGGUGUGAGAAGGUCUUCAGAAACAACUCAAGCCUUAAAGUUCAUAAAAGAAUCCAUACUGGGGAGAGGCCCUAUGAAUGUGAUGUGUGUGGAAAAGCCUACAUCUCACACUCAAGCCUUAUUAACCAUAAGAGUACCCACCCUGGCAAGACACCCCAUACAUGUGAUGAAUGUGGAAAAGCUUUUUUCUCAAGCAGAACUCUUAUAAGCCAUAAAAGAGUCCAUCUUGGGGAGAAACCCUUCAAGUGUGUUGAGUGUGGGAAAUCUUUCAGUUACAGCUCUCUCCUUUCUCAGCACAAGAGGAUCCACACAGGGGAGAAACCCUAUGUGUGUGAUAGGUGUGGGAAGGCCUUCAGGAACAGCUCAGGCCUCACAGUGCAUAAAAGGAUCCACACAGGAGAGCUCCCGUACUUGAGCUCCAGCUGAACCUAAUGCACUGUCUACUUUUGGGGAGAUGCAGGCUAAAUAACAAAGGAGAGGAUGGCCACAGCUCAGGUGGGGAUUCUGAGUGCCUCAGCCCCACUAAGCACCAGACAAGCUCCUACUGCGGCCCCCAUCUACUCGCAUGCUCCAGAAAUGGGCCCAGGUCCUCAAGUGUACCUACAGCCAGAUACAAGCCAUUCAGGCUGAUCCCAGACAUGGUGGGGUCUCCGUUGUAGCACAGACCCAAUGAACUGGUGCGGCUGAGCCUGCUCAGACCAGGGAUGGAACAUGGUUUAGGCACCACCCCCGGUUCCUUCCAGAGAACGAUAUGCAAGUGGGAAAAAUAAAGGGGGAGGGAAAAGUGGGGAGGAGAAAGAGAAAAGCCUGAAAAAACAGUGAGUAUGGAAUAGCCUUCCAUAGGAGUGCACGUCUCUAUUAGCAAAUUUGUCUGAAGGUGAAAGCCUGGAAAAUAAUGUCAUGUUUUGUGUAUGAAGACACUGGGCGUGAAACGGUACUGAACACCAAUCCUGCAAUGCAGGGGAAUUUUCCUUCGUGGGAUUCAAAAAUGAGAGGAUCACCACCAGGACAACACCUGAAGAUGGUGUUAGCUGAAGGCAGACCUUGGGGACCUGAAGUCUGUCUGCAUCAAGACCUUGAGUAAUUGGCCAUGGCUGUACCCAAGGAGUCCCUGGGCUGGGGAGACCCUUCAUUUCUCUUCUCCAGCUUCAGCUAAAGGCCUAGAGACAUGGAGAAGGAAGCAGAAUACAGUACUUCAGUUGUCUUCCUACUGAGGAGCCAUUCUCAUUUAGACCUGGCGGUUCUCAGGUCUGGAUAGUGUCGUUGUGCGAAGGAAGCCGUUCGCAUGAAACCUGUGUAGAGUCAGUGAAGUAUAGUGGCCGAGGACAUGGUCUCCACCAGGAGGCCUGAGGUCAAAUAAGGACUUUCACUUAUUUCCAGAUGACUUUAGGCAAGUAACUAAACUUGUGUGUCCUCACGUGUCUUUUUUUUUUUUUUUUUAAGACGGUCUCGUUCUGUCGCCCAGGCUGGAGUGCAGGGGCAUUAGCUCACUGCAAUCUCCACUUCCUGAGCUCAAGCAAUUCUCAUGCCUCAGCCUCCAGAGUAGCUGGGAUUACAGGCAUGCGCCACCAUGCCAGGCUAACUUUGAUAUUUUUGGUAGAGAAAGGGUUUCGUCAUUGUUGGCUGGGCUGGUCUUGAACUCCUGACCUCAAGUAAUCUGCCCAGCCUCAGACUCCCACGGUGCUGAGAUUACAGGCCUGAACCACCACAGGCUACCAUACCGGGCCCUCACCUGUCUUUUGUAAAGAUAAUAGUAGCAACCUCGGGUUGUAAUGAGGGUUGGAAACAUUAAUAGUGUUAACGUCCUUAGAAGGCUGCCUAGAAUGAGAAGUAUCUGCAUAAGAAUGUAUGGAAUAAGUCUGAUGAGUAAGUGUGGUGGCCCUGUCCAAAGACAGCAUCUAGAUGCUUGGGCAGUGGAGGACAACUCUUACCUGGAAGUCAAGGAAAUCCCUCAAGGACCACCCCCUACUCAGACAAAACUUGAGAAGAAACAUGAGAAAAGUUAUUUUUUGGAUGUUCCUGAGUGGUAUCUUGCUUCUAAGUAAGCAAUCCAUUGUCUCUAAACAAACAUGUUUUGUCUUUGUCGGGCUGCAAAAGGGCUCAGCAGGAGGAGCCUCCAGCUGAGGCCAGUAACCACACAUGUUGGGGGUUGAGGGCUGCCUCACGCUUGCCUCUCUGGCCUGGGCAGCCUGCUCACUCACAUGGUACACAUUUUGUUUCCCCUGUGUUUUCCCAGCAAUACUCAGAUGUGCUGGAGAUUACUGUAGGAAGGGUUGGUGAGAGCCAGACUUUCACCGUCUUAACCAUGGCUAUUUCUGAUGAGUGUCCCUUAAGAUCUCAGAGGAUAAGUAGUGGUCCUGGGGUGGGCAGGGCAAAGCCCCAGAGAGGAGCAGGUGAAGUUCCUCUGGUCUUGGGUGCAAACCAUGGGGCCAUAUUCCAUUCAGUGCAAUAAUAUGGAUUUUUUUCCUGUUCUAUCAUUUUCCCAUCUGUAAAAUGAGGGAAAAGACCUGUUUACAAGAUUAUUUUAAGGCUUAAUAAAAAUGCUCUGUAUUUUAUAAAAAUUUUGUACAAACAUUGUUAAAUUGACUAUCUUUUUAAAAGUUGAAGGAGAUAAGAAUGAGAGCAAAAGUUGAUGAAACAGCAAACACAACAAAGAACAACAAAGUCAAGGUUGGUGCUUUGAAAAGACAAAAUUGGUAAACCUCUGAUGUGAUUGAGAAAGAAAAGCACAAAUAAUCAAAGUCAGGAAUGAAAAUUGGGAAAUCACAACAGAUUCCAUGGCUUAUUUAGAAGUAUAUUUUUUAACUUCCAAACAUGGGAAUUUCCUAGUUAUAUUUUUGUUAUUGUUGUUACAAAACAUGGUCCAUAUGACUGCUAUCCUUUGAAUUGUGUUGAGAUUUGCUUUAUGGCCCAGCAUGUGUUUAACCUUAGUGAAGAUUUGUGGGCACUUGAAAAGAAUGCAUGUUCUGCAGAUGCCACAUGCAGUCAUCUACAUAAAGCCAUUAGAUUGUAAUACGUUGUUCAUAUCUUCUCUGCUCUUAAGUUUUAUUUGCUUGUUCUAUUAAUGAGACAAUUGUUGAGUUAUCUCUACUUAGAUAUAGUUCUGUGAACUUUGCUUUAUAUAUUUGAGGCCACACAAAUAUAAAAUUGUUAUAUGAAUUGAAAUUUUAUGAAGUAAACCUUUUAUCCCUAG